ACUAUCGAACAAGUGAGAUCACAGAUCUUUGAGCUGUAUUUUGAAAACAAAGUUCAUCAUGAAGCGGGGAUUGUUUAUCAUCCUACUAAUCCUUGCAGCACUAGUGGUAGCAGCAGAAUCCUACGGUAGAAGAUACGGAGGAAGGAAUCGCUAUAGACACGUGAGAAGGCACGGAAGAAAGUACUAUGGAGGGAGACACUUACACAGGUACAGUCAUAAGCACUAUGGACAUAGACAUCGAUAUAGACACGUAAGAAGGUACGGAAGAAAGUACUAUGGAGGGGGACACUUACACAGGUACAGUCAUAAGCACUAUGGACAUAGACAUCGAUAUAGACACGUAAGAAGGUACGGAAGAAAGUACUAUGGAGGGAGACACUUACUCAGAUACAAUCAUAAGCAUUAUGGACAUAAACAUCGAUAUAGAUACGGAUAUGGACAUAAGCAUGUUUAUGGUCAUGGAUAUGUUCAUAGUCAUUUUCACAGUCAUUUUCAUAUUCACAGGCAUGUUCACGGACACAGUCGUGGUUAUGGUCACGCAUUCUACAAUCUACAAAUUAGACAUGGGAUAAUUUACUUUAGAGGAAACAGAUACCGUCUAAGUUGUAGUCGGCGUAGAUUUUUAAGUCUUUGGGAAACGUGCAACCAAUCAUACCACAACAGCAAUGUGUGUUUUGUGCAGUUAGGAAGCCGUCACCUAUACACAAGUAUUCAAGUUCACAACAACAAACAGAUCUUAGAAAACAUAAAGAAUCAUCUCCAUCACCACGUUCAAGAACAUAAAAAAAUUGCUUUAGAACAUAUCAAAAACAUAACAGAGACGGCUGAAAAUCAUACCAACAACAUUGAAGAUGCGGCAAAUAGUCACGUUGAGAAAUUAAAGGAAGAAGCCGACAAACAUAUUUAUGAUAUAAAAAAGGUCUCCUUAAAUCACCUACAGCACCUAAAAGAAGCAGCAGAUGAACAGAUUAAAAGACUUAAUGAACUUGCAAAACAAAAUCUACACAAUGCAGAGAAACAACACAAACAACAUACCAGUGAACGUGAAUACCAACAUAAACGGCACUUAAGUGAACAGGAAGCAAUAAAUAAACUACAUGAAGAUACAAUGCAGUUGAUAAAAGAUCUAAAAUCGCACCCAAAACUCACCGAUUUGAUAGUGAAAUUAUAACGCAAGAAUUUCACAUAACUAAACAACUGUUAAUGUUUUUAAAGUAGUUGAUUUGUUUCA